GCAAUGCUUAUUUGGAACAGAAAGCUACAAAGAACUAUAUCCAAAAGUCUCUCUUCUGAAUAAUUAAUUACUCACAUGAAUUUUCCAUAAGUUGAAUGAUAAAAGGACUAAAAGUUUGGCCUCAAAAUCACAAAUUUUAUUCAACAAAUCACUUCACACAGCCAUAUAAUUGAAUAAUAUCAGAAUGGCAAUUGUUUCUUGCAAGUUAUUAUUCUCCUUUUAUUCUUUUCUCCUUCUUCUCGUUAUUAUUGUAUCUCAAACCAAUGCCCAGCCAGAUUUUAUAUACAGAUUUUGCAUAAACGAGAAAGGAAACUACACAACCAAUAGCACAUAUCAAAAAAACCUCAACACCCUUUUGUCUAAUCUCACUUCCAACACACAAAUCAACUACGGUUUCUACAAUUUCUCCCAUGGCCAAAAUAACGAUAAAGUAAACGCCAUUGGCCUCUGCAGAGGAGAUGUUACACCAGAAGUUUGCCACAAUUGUCUCAACGAUUCAAGACUUCUUCUCACAAAGCUCUGUCCUAAUCAAAAAGAAGCUAUGGCUGGGUAUGACCUCUGCAUGUUACGCUACUCGAACCGAUCAAUAUUCGGUAUCAAGGAAGAUUCACCAGAUUAUCCUUUGUCGAACCCAGACAACGCAUCAGAGGCGGAUCAAUUUAAUCAAGUUCUCGGGAACUUGAUGAGGAAAUUGAAGAAAAAAGCUGCAUCAAGUGAUUCUAGUACUCUUAAGUUUGCGGCGGAUAGUGACAGCACUGAUAUGAAUUUUCAAACCAUAUACGGUCUUGUGCAGUGUACACCUGAUUUGUCAUCGCAAGAUUGUAAUGAUUGUUUAGAAGCUGCUAUCUCAGAAAUUCCAACUUGUUGUUAUAAGAAGGUUGGUGGGAGAGUUAAUAAACCAAGUUGUAAUAUUAGAUAUGAAAACUAUCGCUUCUACAAUCUCACAUCACAUGGUUCACCACAAGAAAAAUGCAAAUCAUCGCUUUCUACUAUCGCCAUAGUAGUGUCUGUUGUUGCUGUUGUUGUUGUUUCUGCUAUGUUAAGUUUCUUUUGCAUAUAUUUAAUGAGAAGUAAGAAAAAGAUAAAACGUGAAGAAAUAGAACACGAACACGAUGAUAUUGAAAUUGUGGAGUCAUUGCAAUUCGACUUUGACACAAUACAGGUUGCAACAAAUAACUUUUCUGAAGAUAAUAAACUAGGACAUGGUGGAUUUGGUGUUGUUUAUCAGGGUAAACUCGCUAAUGGACAAGUGAUUGCGGUUAAACGCUUGUCAAAAGGUUCUGGACAAGGAGAUAGGGAAUUUAAGAAUGAAGUGCUUUUACUGGCUAAACUUCAACAUCGAAAUUUAGUUAAACUUCAUGGUUUUUGUUUAGAAGGAAAAGAAAGACUACUUAUCUAUGAGUUUGUUCCUAAUAAAAGCCUUGACUACUUUAUAUUUGAUCCAAUAAAGAGAACACAGUUAGAUUGGGAAAGACUUUACAACAUCAUCAAUGGUAUUGUAAGAGGCCUUCUUUACCUUCAUGAAGAUUCUCGACUUCGUAUUAUUCAUCGUGAUCUUAAAGCAAGUAAUAUUCUCUUGGACAAUAAUAUGAAUCCUAAAAUAUCAGAUUUUGGUUUGGCCAGACUAAUACUUGUUGGUCAAACUCAAGGAAAUACGGAAAAAAUCGUUGGAACAUAUGGAUAUAUGGCUCCUGAAUAUGCAAUGUUUGGAAAAUUUUCAAUAAAAUCAGAUGUUUUUAGUUUUGGAGUACUAAUUAUAGAAAUUAUAACUGGCCAAAAAGUUACUGGCAUUCUUCAUGAGCAGAGUACGGAAGACUUACUUAUGGAAGACUUACUUAGCUUUGUGUGGAGAAAUUGGAGGGAGGGUACAAUCAUCAAUAUAAUCGAUCCAUUAUUAAACAGUAGUUCACAAAAAGAAAUAAUGAGAUGCAUUCAGAUUAGUUUACUAUGUGUUCAAGAAAAAGUGGUUGAAAGGCCAACUAUGGCUACUAUUGCACGCAUGCUUAAUAGUUAUUCAGUCUCUUUACCGCUCCCUUUGGAGCCUGCAUCUGUUAUAGCAGGCAAACCUGGAAGUCACUCAAUUUCAGACAUGCAAUCUGGUGAAGAUAGUGAACGGAUAAUAAGGUCAAGUCAAUCCAAGAAUAUAUCAGCAAAUGAGGAUUCAAGUGAUGAGUUAUAGGCAUGUGGGUUAUAUCUUCAUUUAGCAUCAUUUUUUCAACCAAAAUAAAUAUGUUUGUGUUAAGUGUUGUUUAUAUAUGGACAUUAUUUUGAACCAAUAUGUUUAACAUUAUUUAUGUAUAAAAAAAUAAAUUAGUAAUUUAGUUGUGUUUGUGCAAGUUUAAAACUAUUUUAAUUAAUUUUUUUUUUAAAAUAAAGAUAAAUUAUUGAAUGAAAAAAAAUCCAAAAGGGACGGGGGAUUGUAAAACCUAAUCCAUUCAAAAAUUACAAAAACGAUAGUUAGACAUGUUUAAUCUAUAUGUUGUGAAUUACGACAAAAUUCUAUAUUAAUGUGUGAGAUAAAGAAUAGUAACUACUAAAAUAAAUGGUCUUCAUCAAUGACAAUUCGUACACAAAUAAUAUAAUAGAAUAAGACGAGAAAAAGAUGAAUAUUUGACUACCCAUUUCGAUCAAACGAUCUACUAUGUGGGAGAGGGCAACUUUCCAAUUCACUAUACUUACAAAAUUGUCACAAGAGAAUUACAGAUGAGUUAAAAGAAAAUAGACUUCGCAGUUCUACCCAAGUAUUUCCCAACCUCUCCAACUUUCAAUAUAAGAAUCACUCAAACAUGAAAAUACUCCCCUUAGA